AUGGUGUAUAAUCAUUUCGAUCGUUGGUGCUGUUUGGGAAUCGCGUCGCUCUUCAUCAUUCUGUUCCCCGUGCUCCGCACAACUGUUCAGUAUGUAAUCAAACCAAUCCACGUUGGAUAUCCAACAGGCGGCAAUACCGUUCCCUUCAAAUACGUCGUAUCUCAUACUGGUAUUUUCUCCGCCGCAGCGGUCUUCUCGCAGCCAGUAAACAGUUCCAAUCUGAAUGUCCAGGCGAUGAAGUUCCCCACCCCGCAUGGUAUUUCAUUCAAUAAGUGGCGACCAUCAAUGAUUUUGGUGCAACUGACAAGGAGUCUUGUUAAGGCGCGAAUGAUUUUGACGGCAAUGUCAUUCUCGAGGGACAUGCAAUUACCCAGCGACAAUUCCUGGGGGAGCCCUUUCGCACUGGAGCUGGGAACAGUAGUUUUUGACCUUGCGUUCUACCAAAAUGUUUAUCUUGGUACUGGAACGGGGUUCAAUACCACUAUUCCAGGGUUUGGAAAGCCUUCAGUUCACGGUGCCCUUCAAGUCAACCACACCGAUCAACCCAAUUCGGUCUAUCCAGAUAGGGAGCAUGGCGCUUGCAUUCACUUCAGAGACGACAUGGACCCCGCGAACGGACAUAACCAUCUUGCCGCCGCCAGCGCCUGGGUGCACCAACGUCUUCAAAUCACUGUGCCGAGCCCGACAGACACCGAGGGCACCAUUAACAUCACCAUUUUAAACAGUGUUUUGAAUGCCGCAGAUCCAGAGCAUGAUUCUACCACGACUGACUUUCUGCUGGUUGGCAAUUCUCGCGCGGUCACGAACACGAGCAUCGGUCAAAUUACUCUCGACCCUAUCAAGGUCAACGGGUCGACCAGUCUCAAUGGCCUGCAAGGUCCGAAGGGGUAUACCACCAUUGGGGCUGUCGACCUUAUGGGAGGGACCCAGCAAGCCCUUAAUUUUAGCAUCGAUGAACUCCAGCUGCAACGCGGUGGUGCAAUCUUCGGAACGGCACUGAUGCCCAACUUAACAAUGAGCAUGGGGAAUAACUCGCCUAACAACUCACCCGAAGGGACUGCAAACACUCAGCCAGUUUGUUGGCGGUCAAGUGGGAGUACACAGGUCGCUUCUCUCCUGGAGGCCUUUGAAAGUAUGAACAUCACCGCCACGCUCCCUGGCACUCAACUCCAGUCUUUUGUCAACGGGUUCUUUGGAGAUCCUUCUACCACUUUUGUUACAAACAACAUCAGUCAGGUCGCCGUAGCGCUCGGCUCGACAAUCACCAGUAUCUCAUCUAACGUCAUGUCGCAUGGCUUGUACCUUGGUUCCAUCAAUACUGCCACGAAUUUCAAGUCUGCAGGGAAAUCAACUGCGAAGUCUCCCGUUCUCGACAUGACCAUGAACUACGAUCCGCCAACGCUCUUCACACUGACUCGCGUGCUUGCCGUGCAGGCAGGUUUAGAUUCCACGCAACUGGAUGACAUUGUAGUUCUUGGGGAUUAUCAGUAUGGAUUCAAUCUGCCGAAUUUUGUUGACCAAGUGUUCAAGCAGUUGAGGAGUGACAUACAACUAUCUUCACAGCUAACGAUUGGUUCGAAUUUUGCCGUACAUUUGCUUUCGAUUACUCACAGCAGUACUGUUGCAGGGAACUACGCGACGACACUAGUACUCAGUUAUACUCAGACUGAUGUCCCUAUUUCUGCGGACAGCAGCCUCAACUUAAUCCUGCUCAUCUUGGCGAAACCUAUCGUCCAGAAGGUCCUCAAUUACGUGCUGACUAAGCUGUGGAAAGGGCCGAUAGGACCCUUGGUUAUGCCAAAUAACGAAUCGUUUGAAUCGGUCAUUUCUGGCGAUAACCUGACUGGUACGUUCAUGCUGGGUACAACUGCGUUGUCGCUUACGAGCAUUUGGCGGAUACAUAGUGCUCUUGGUGUGCCCCAAGGUAUCGAAGUAUCCGGCAUCUCUCUUCCUUCCAAAGCGGUCGCCUUGAAGGGCUUCCGAGUCAAUGGUCUUAAGAAUGGUGUGGUCAUCGAUUCCUUCGAUCUCCCAUUCAACGACCCUGCUGGCGGAAUCCAUUUGACGAUUAAUUCAGAGGUCAUCAAUCCUUCUCGAGUUGGCAUUGAACUCAGCUCCCUUGCGUUCAAUACCUAUUCCAACGGCAUUGAGAUAGCUCCGGUCUCUUCAACUUCGACUGUCACGCUAGCGCCAAAUUAUACCUCAUCACUCGGGUCAGCUGGUCGGCUCAUUCCGCAGAACUCUUUAGAAGGGUUCGCGACUGUUUCCGCUAUUUUCAACAACUACAUUCAUGGCAUGGACAGUCAGGUCACCGUUAUGGCGCUGGUGCUGGCCCGAGCGAUUCGAUAUCACGGCGCUUGCGCAGAAUAUUACUGCUGGGCAUCUUUUGCUGAACUGGUGAUCCCACGGGGCCCCAGCACGACUGAUGUUCAGAAUCGUAUCAUUUACUUGACGUUUAACGAUGAUCCGUUUGCUGUGUAUUCUGACCAGCAUGAGACUUUCCAGAAUUUCAUAGCUGCUACGACGCUAGGAUCUUCGCAAGGGUUGGCGCUGUCGGGCACUGCGAACGCCGAUGCGUCUACGGCCGUUGGCAUGUUGUCUCUUGUGGACAUUGAAUUUUCUGUGCAAUCUACGAUCACGGGAUUGCAAGGGCUCAAGUGGACGCUUCACUUUUCAACCCGAGAAACCAAGUCAUUGGUUCUGCCGAUUUGGUGGUAUCCGUUAGACGUCCAUCGCUCCCCUCAAGGAGCUGCGCAAACAGCGGCAGCAAUGCUCGGGAACCACCUUCAGGGCGUCGAUUCGCAAACAACCAUCAUGGGGACCUCUAGUUCCACUUCGAUCGGCUCUUUGGAACCGGCUCUUGCGCAGAUCAAUUUGUCACCAGUGACUAUCCCGGCUUUGCACCAGAACCUCAUUGGCAGUGCUUCCCUUGGAUUUCCCACUGAUAUCGUUCAAACUGGUGUGGCGUCGACGACUUUCACUUUGGCAAAUCCGUUCACGGCCAGCAUCAAUCUGCUUGAAGUCACUGCAAUCGCGACCUACCACAACCUGACCCUUGGCGCUAUCAAUCAUGUUGACAUGUCUUCAAACCCAAUCCAUGCUAAUGGACAUUCCAAUAUUACGUCGCUUGUCCUUCCGUUCAACUUUAACCUCGACCCGUUGACCAUCAUUGGGUUGAUCACCACUUCCGCUCAAGAGCGCAACGUCGACCUUGGCCCUCUGACGAGAUUAUUCCGGCUAGUUAUUGAUAACCCGAGCUUCCACCCACCUGUGCGUUGA